GGACAAGCUGAGCAGCAGCCUGGGUUGCUCUUCUUCCCCUGCAUCUGACAGCAGUGAGUAUGGGAAGGAAGACAUCUCAAGAUGUCUUCCGAUAAUGACCCUGUUGCAAUCCCAAUGAUAGAAAGAAAUCCUAAUGACCUUCCUGGAAUAGACACCAGUGACCUGAAGACAUUGACUGGAGAGGCUGUGUUAAGUUUUCAUAACAUCAGUUAUCAAGAAACAGUGCAUUGUGGCCUUCCAUUUUGUAAAAAACCAUGUGUGAUAGAAAGACUAUCAAAUAUCAAUGGGAUCAUGAAACCUGGCCUCAAUGCUAUUAUGGGUCCUCAAGAUGGGAGCAGAGCUUUGUUAUUAGAUGUCUUAGCUGCAAGGAAAGAUCCACGUGGAUUAUCGGGAGAUAUUUUGAUAAAUGGAAAACCUCGACCUGCUAAUUUCACAUGUGCUUCUGGUUAUGUGCCACAGAAUGACGUGGUGAUGCGCACGGUGACAGUGAGAGACAACAUAGAGUUCUCAGCUGCUCUUCGACUGCCAAUGACUAUGACAAGAGAUGAAAAAAGAAGACGAGUUAAUGAGGUCCUUGAACUUCUGUGUCUGGAUAAAAUGGCAAAUGUCAAGCCUAGGUCUAAAGAGCUUGAGAAAAGGACCAGUAUAGCAAUGGAGCUGGUCACUGAGCAUUCCAUUUUGUUCUUGGAUGACCCCACCACUGACUUAGACUUGAGCACUGCUACUGAUAUCAUCUCGGUCCUGAGAAGGAUGUCUAGGAGGGGACGGACAAUCAUCUUCUCCAUUAAUCAGCCCCCAUACUCCAUCUUCAGACUGUUUGACAGCCUCACCUUAGUGGCCUCAGGAAAAGUCAUGUUUCAUGGACCUUCACAGGAGUCUUUGGAGUACUUCACAUCCGCAGGUUACAACUAUGAUUCCCACAACAACCCUGCAGACUUCUUCCUGGAUAUCAUUAAUGGAGGUUUCUCUGCUCUAUUAGACACAGAGAAAGAUGGCCAUGAUGCUGAUGAACAUAUAGAUCUUUCUGAGAGACAGCACCAAGUCAGAGAAAACUUAGCCAAUAUGUAUGCCCAGUCCUCCAUCUACAGUGAAAUGAGAACUGAACUGGACUCACUCUUGGGGGAACAGAAGGCAGGGAGGAGCUCAGCCUUGGAGGAGAUCACGUGUGUCACCCCUUUCUACCAUCAGCUCAGAUGGAUUAUUUGUCGUUCAUUCACGAAUUUCAAGGGUUUUCCAUGGAUCACUGUAAUUCGGGCAAUUAUCUCAAUCUUAGUGGCUGUGUUUAUUGGUACCUUGAUCUCUGUUGUAAGAAACGAUUGUGCUGAAGUCUAUACCAGAUCUGUAUUCCUCUUCUUGCUUACAAGUGUUGAAUGUAUCACAGGCAUGUCUGCAGGGGAGCUCUUCGUGAUUGACAGGGAUCGCUUUGUACAUGAGCACACAAGUGGAUACUACAGAGUGUCAUCGUAUUUCCUUGGGAAAUUGCUGGGUGAGCUGGUGCCCAGGAGGUUUUUGCCAAGUAUUAUAUUUAUCGUUAUAAUGUUCAGCAUAGCAGGAGUACGAACAGAUGUGAAGGGUUUCUUCACUAUGAUAUUUACCGUCAUUCUGUUGGCUAAUUGUGUCAGUUCCCUUCCACUGUCUAUAGGAGCAGGGGAUAAUGCAGCAGCUGUACCAACACAACUGAUAGCCAUCUAUUUUAUGUUCAUGGUGUUUAUUACAGGUCUGUCACUAUAUUCCAUAUCCUUCAUGCACGACCUCUCCUGGCUUUACUCCUUGAGCAUUCUGCAUUAUGGAUUUACAGCUUUGCUGCACAAUGAACUCAUGGGACAAAACUUCUGUCCAGAAAACAAAAUAGAAGAAAUCAAUAGAUGUUAUAACUUUGUAAUAUGUACUGGAGAAGAAUUCUUGACAAUGCGGAGCAUCAGUCUCUCUUCAUGGGGAUUCUGGGAGAAUAUCGUGGCCUUAGCUUGUAUAAUGACUAUACUCUUAUCAAUUAUCUUUGUACAAUUAUUAGUUCUUAAGAAAAAGAGACAUUUUAAAAUUACACUUCCAUUUUCUAUGAAUUAUCCUUAAAAACAACAACUAAAAACUUUGUUUUUUUCUGUAAACUCAGUAAAAUUAAUGGUUACUGGUAGGUUAUUGGAGAGAGGCAACCAUUGAUUUCAUGUGUAUACUCAGAGGAGAGGCAGUUAGGCUCCAGUAGAUAUUCACACAGACAUUACUGAUUAAACUCUGUGGGUCAUAAGACAAAACCCAGAGUUAUGAAUGUGGGAAACAGACUUGUAAAGAGGGUAUUUGGAAGGGUUGGAAGGGAAAAAAGAAAGGUAGGAGGGAGUAAGAUUGGCUGAAGUGCAUAAUGUACCUAUAUGAAAUUGUCAAAUUUUUAAAAAUAAAAAUUACAAAUAUAAAAAGGAACUUCUUAUGUAUAGUAUCUAAUGAAGACUUUUUCCUGUUUGGUUUCUGUUAUACUGUAAAUCAGCAGUGAUUAUUUUUUAAGUUCACAAAAUAGUAACAUACUAAAUUAUAAUUAAGAGAAUCUAAGCACCAUGAUAAUGUUAUUAAAUAUUGCAUGUUAGUUCAUCUCAUUGAUAAUUAUCAUGAGAGGUAGCCAAUCAAAUUUGUUUUACCU